AUGUUGAAAGAGACACUCUCAGCUGUGACCUGGCUCUGCAUUUUCAUAGUGGCCUUUGUCAGCCACCCAGCGUGGCUGCAGAAGCCCCCUAAGCGUAAGACACCCGCACAGCUCAAAGUAGCCACCUGCUGUGAGGAGGUAACGGAGCUCAAGGCCCAAGUCGCCAACCUAAGCAGUCUGCUAAAUGAACUGAGCAAGAAGCAGGAGAGGGACUGGGUCGGCGUGGUCAUGCAGGUGAUGGAGAUGGAGAGCAACACCAAGCUCAUGGAGUCACGGCUCACAGAUGCUGAGAGCAAGUACUCUGAGAUGAACAACCAGAUUGACAUCAUGCAGCUGCAGGCAGCGCAGACUGUCACUCAGACCUCGGCAGAUGCCAUAUAUGAUUGCUCUUCCCUCUACCAGAAGAACUAUCGCAUCUCUGGAGUGUACAAGCUUCCUCCUGAUGACUUCCUGGGCAGCCCUGAGCUGGAGGUGUUCUGUGACAUGGAGACAUCAGGUGGAGGCUGGACCAUCAUUCAGAGAAGAAAGAGUGGCCUUGUCUCCUUCUAUCGGGACUGGAAGCAGUACAAGCAGGGCUUUGGCAGCAUCCGUGGGGACUUCUGGCUGGGGAAUGAACACAUCCACCGGCUCACCAGACAGCCUACCCGGCUACGUGUGGAGAUGGAGGACUGGGAGGGCAACAUGUACUAUGCUGAGUACAGCAACUUUGUUCUGGGCAAUGAACUGAAUAGCUAUCGCCUCUUCCUGGGAAACUACAGUGGGAAUGUGGGGAACGACGCCCUUCUCUACCAUAACAACACAGCCUUCAGCACCAAGGACAAGGACAAUGACAACUGCUUGGACAAGUGUGCACAGCUCCGUAAAGGUGGAUACUGGUACAACUGCUGCACAGACUCCAACCUCAAUGGUGUUUACUACCGCUUGGGAGAGCACAACAAGCACCUGGAUGGCAUCACCUGGUACGGCUGGCAUGGAUCUAGCUACUCUCUCAAACGGGUGGAGAUGAAAAUCCGCCCGGAAGAUUUCAAGCCCUAA